CUUAAAACACCUUGUUGUUUGUAUCCAAGUCGGCGACUGAGUCUAGAAGCAUCAUACAUUCAAAGAAAAUAUGUCUGCGUUGCAUAUUCAAAUGAUGGAGGAAGGAGUUUUAAGCCCCGAAAUCAAACCUAGUACACCUUCAAAAAACAUUAAACUCUCUGACGGUAUUCAUGGUGAUGAUGGUGGCGACUUGAAGUUGAAGAUGAAUAAACAAUCUAUCAUGGAAAAAUGGGGACUUCUCGUGUUGUACUGCAUUUUUGCAGCAGUGGGUUUUAUUGGUGGACCGUUGUUACUUCGAGUUUACUUCUUACAUGGUGGUAGUCGUAAAUGGUUAUCAAGUGCAUUACAAACAGCUGGAUUUCCGAUACUUCUCAUGCCACUUGCUAUCCAUUACGCUAAACGUGAUAAAGCAGUACCGCAAAUCGAUUUUUUUGCUUCUCCCAAACUCUUACUUUCAAGUAUAUUUAUUGGUAUACUACUAGGAGUUAGCAACUUCAUGUACUCUUAUGGUUUAUCGUUCCUUCCCGUUUCAACUUCGUCGAUUCUACUCUCAACGAACCUUAUUUUCACAGCCCUUUUUGCCUUAAUUCUUGUUCGACAGAAAUUUAGUCCUUUUUCGAUCAAUGCUAUUGUAAUAAUGACACUGGGUUCAGUCUUACUUGGUGUUGGGCAAAACGGUGAUCGUCCUGAGGGUGUCACUAGUUUGCAAUACUUACUAGGUUUCAUUUUAUGUAUUGGUGCUGCUGCUUCAGGGGGAUUAGCCUUACCUUGUAUAGAGGUUGCUUACACUAAAGCCAACCAAGUAAUGACAUAUCCUAUAGUGUUGCAAUAUCAAUUUUUCAUGGCGCUUUCAGCUACGGUUUUCAGUAUCAUAGGAAUGGCUGUAAACAAGGAUUUCCAGGCAAUGCAGAGAGAAGCAGAUGAAUUUGGAUUAGGAAAGAUGGAAUACUAUUUAGUGUUGGUCUCAAGUGCAGUAGUGUGGCAAAUUUCAUAUAUUGGAACAUUAGGGAUUAUAUUUUAUGCAACAUCUAUCUUUGCUGGAGUUGUUAGCGCAGUGUUACUUCCUCUCACUGAAAUCGCGGCUGUAAUUGUUUUCCAUGAGAAGUUUACAGGUGAGAAAGGAAUGGCUUUGGCUAUGAGUGUUUGGGGCUUCCUUUCUUACUUUUAUGGAACGUACAAGGAGAGCAAAGUACAAACACAAAUAGAUAGUACUAAAAACCAGCCCAAGUAA